AUGGUUACCUCAGAUUCCCAGCAUACAUCAGCUUACACAGUGUUCAGUUCGGACAAGUACCAACAGCUGCUUGGGGAAUCAAAGGUGUCGUUGGAAGACUGGGUCCAGAGAGAAUUGAAUGUGGAUCCAGAUCAGGAUUGUCUCCCUUACUCUCUGAGACAGGACUACUUCACCUGGGCGGUGUACGGACAUUUUCUGGCUUCUACAGGCAGACACAUGGAUGUAGCGACCGUCUGCUCGGUGCUGCUGGAUGCUCUAGUCAACAAACACCAACAGAUACUCGCACUCCUCGCACUUCUGCAGAUGUUGGUACAACAUCUCCCUCCAUGCUCAGUUCCCUGGUUGGUUGGCCAUCUUGAUUCAAUAACAGGAAGUGCAGAGUAUGCUGGGAAGGUUUCAUGUCAAACAGCAAUCGUUUCUGUUACCAGGUUUGUGGGUCAGCUGCCAGCCUACCUGUGGCUGGUGAACACACUGACGGACACACCCACCUCCCAACAUGUAGCAGCAUUGGUGAACACCCUGGAACAAAGCCUGGCUGUCUAUGUCAGUGAGAGCAGUUACCUCCCCUGCCAGCUUACACUACACAUCACUCAGUGCGUCCUCACCCUGCAAUCCUGUGGUACGGAAGACGACCUCCUCUGCAACCUCAUCUUACACCCACUACUAGCCGUCUCAAUACUGGUACACUGGACAACCAUCACGUCAGUGCUCCAUGCAAGCGGAGUGAAGGGAGACAACUCUGUCUUUGCUGCCUACUUCAGUACUGUAGCCUGGACAGAAAAAUGUAUUGAGACACAGGCCUUCUGUCCCUGCAUUGCUCCAACCUGGUUAUGUGGGGCCGCGCUCUUCUCACUGGGACUGCGUGGCCAGGGUAACAUGAAAGCUGUGACUGGUGUGCUGUGCCAGUCCAGUGCCGACCAAGAGGUGCUGGCUGCCUACUCCGAGCUGAGCUUGCUGUUCCUGGCUGCUGCAUAUACACACACUGAGAUGGAGAAACAGUGCCUCACCGAUGUCCAGAUGUCGCUGACAAGCAUCAUGGCCACACAUCAUUAUAUCCUGGUCUCUCUUGCUGACAUGGAUCUGUUGGAAACAAGAGUUGCCUCCCAUGGGGCAAGGACAUUCAGGAAGACUGCCUUAGUCCAAUGUGUUGCUGAUAUGCAGCUAAGUGAAGCGCGCCACAUGUUCGAUACAUCUCCCUCCACUCUGACCAGUGCGAUACAGACCUACAACCAGGUGUGUCGGCAGUUCGAAGACACCGCCAGGAAUCAGGCCAUUUCUCUGCUCCAUCUGUCAAAGUGUGCCCAGUUUCUGAAGAAUAUGCUCAACAGUGUCAGUCUGGAAAGCCUACAGUCAGUGGAUCAGACUGAUUUGUCAUCUGCUGGCCCUGACUUCCACCAUCUUGUCCUGUCUCGACUGAAGGCAAGGAGGAAGUGAAUGGGUGACACAUUGCUAAGAGGCAUCCGAGAGAAAUCAGAGAGAUAGUGAAUAGAUCUCACAUUGCAAGGAGAUGUCCGAGAGAAAUCAGAGAGAUAGUGAAUAGACCUCACAUUGCAAGGAGGUGUCCGACGUACAACAGUGAAUCUCUGCAUUAGUUUGUGAUCUUGUGUGAUCUGUAAGUUCAACAUGAGUUGCCUGGAACGAGAGAUGAAUCUCCUUAUGAAGACAGUUUAAUUUUGUCUAAAUAUACAUAAAACUUGAUACUCUCCUAGCAAAACACAAGAUUAAUCUAGUUCAGUCUUGUAAAUACUGGUUGUUGAAAUAAGAGAAAGGACGACCUGACUUCAACAUUCUGGCAUAUGAUCCAGUUGUUAAUGAUGUGUGUAUGUGAAGGUAAGACUUCAAACCCUGUUUAAUCUGAUAUCAUCCAAGAUAACAUCUCCUGGUUAACAAACAAUGGGAACAGACUAAUGCAUAUGUAUCAACACAGAAGCUUCAAUGUAAUCUUCGAAUACCAAGUUUUCAAAACGAAAGAUUUUAAAGGUUCCUGUCUCCAUGUUACAUCUCCAUGUUAUCUCCCAGGUUUGAGGCUUGUUUCUGUCACUCACCAUAUCAGGAGACCUCCCUCAACUAAACUUGUAUUUUGGGCUAAAAAACAGUGAACGUCUUUACAGAUGUUAAAGGUGAGGCCACCCACUUACACAAGUGAUUGCCCAAGGUGUGAUAUCAUUAUAGUCAGGAAUACCCCAUGCUGUCUCAGUAGGCAAGUGUUGUUGCUGAAUCUGGCAGCAUGAAUGUGUACUCUGUCUAAACAGCUGGCUGUCGACAGGAUCAGAUUGUAAUGUAUUGCUGUCACUUCAGUUAUACUGAUGGAAAAAAGAAAAGGAAUAAAGCAAAGAUGGAGGUUUACUGCUGCGUGCAGUCAAGAGCUUCACAUCAAAUCACGGCAUGGAAAAUAUAUUUUUUGCGUGAUCUUAAACACUGCCAUGUUAUGAAAAUAUGCCAUCCUUCAUUUUUGUUCCCAGAUAUUUCACCAACUGUGUGUUGGAGGAUUCCCCUAUGUGGAUAUUGGGUAAAAAUUAUUUUCAACAACCUGUGCAGUGGGCAGGCUGGGUACUUGGUUGAUUGUAUGUGAAUUUAUACCGACUCUUGCCCACAAUAUUGUUCCCUUGAUUGUCUUGUACAGACUUCAUUAUCUCCAGAAGCUGUCAUAUAGCUGCAAUAUUGCUGGAGUAGUAUUAGGCAACAAACACCUUAUGUUCUUUCUUUACUGUAUGGGGUACUGAAGAUAAUUGUUGAAGUUUUUCAUUUUAUGCUUAAUGAUUUCAUGAUUUGUUUAAAUUGUUAUAUUUUGUACAUGCUUACAAAAUAAUAUGUUGCUUCUUACAACC